UCUUUCCUUGCACAUUGACCGCGUCUUUCUCUUCGUAUUUCGCGCCAUGGAGUCGAGGCGUGUCAAAGUUCGUUGUACUUGACUUUGCCCCUAACCAAUAAUCAGGUGACACACGCCUUUAUAGCAAACCGUCGCUCUGACGCACUUGCAGUCUUAAGGGGGGACCUUUCGUUAAACGUGUAUGACUCUUGAGAAGCCAAAAAUGUAAUAGAGUAUACAUUCCUGGCAAUGGCAAAGAAAGUAGCAGUAAUCGGCUCUGGAGCAAGCGGGCUGACAGCCAUCAAGUGCUGCCUGGACGAGGGGCUGCAGCCCGUCUGCUUCGAGAAGGGAACCGACAUCGGCGGACUCUGGAACUUCAAGGAAGAAGCCCUGCCCGGCUUUGCCAGCGUCUACCGCUCCACGGUCAUCAACGCCAGUAAGGAGAUGAUGUGUUACAGCGACUUCCCCAUCCCCAAGGAGUAUCCCAACUUCAUGCACCACUCCUUGGUCCAAAAGUAUUUCAAGAUGUACGCGGACAACUUUGACCUCAUGAAACACAUCAGAUUCCGGCACCACGUUGAUCAUGUGAAACCGAGAGAGGACUUUGCAGAAACUGGGCAGUGGGACAUUACCUACACUGAUGAGGACAAGAACGAGACCACCACGGAGGUGUACGAUGCCGUGAUGGUGUGUACAGGACACCACGCGUACCCACACUAUCCCAGGGACAGCUUUCCGGGGUUUGACGAGUUCCAGGGACAAACCACCCACAGUCACGACUACAAGGACUUCAAGGGCUACGAGAACAAGCGAGUUAUCGUCAUCGGGAUCGGUAACUCCGGUGGAGACGUCUCCGUGGAACUCAGCCGGCACACUAAGCAGCUUUUCCUGAGCACCAGGAGGGGCAGCUGGGUGGCCAACCGGGUCGCGUCUCAAGGCCUUCCCCUCGACAUCUGGGGCACUCGCCGCUGGGCUGACGCCCUGCCGUUAUGGUUCAAAGUAUGGUUCGCAAAAUAUCUACUCAACCAGCGCUUUGACCACUCCGUGUACGGUCUCAAGCCGAAGCACUCUCCCUUGGGUGGUCAUCCCACCGUUAGCGACGACUUGCCUAACCGCAUCAUCACAGGCUCCGUCAUCGUCAAGCCCAACAUCAAGCGCUUCACCAAGACCGGCGUCGUCUUCGAGGACGACACGGUGGAAGAUGACAUCGACGCCGUCGUAUUUUGCACAGGGUACCGCUUCGACUUCGACUUCGUCGACGAGUCUGUCUUGAAGGCAGAGGCAAACGAAGUUUCCCUCUACAAGUAUGUAUUCCCACCGAAGUUGAAUCCGCCCACUCUUAGUUUCAUUGGUUUCGUCCAACCUCUUGGCGCGCUCAUGCCGAUCUCCGAGAUCAUGAGUCGCUGGGCCACGAGAGUCUUCAAGGGGACCACCAAGCUCCCACCCCAAGGUGCGAUGCUCGACAACAUCAUGCAGAAGAAAAGCGACAUGGCCAAGCGGUACUACCAGUCUCCACGACAUACCAUCCAGGUAGACUACAUCCCUAUCAUGGACGACGUUGCUAUAGAGAUCGGAGUCAAACCGGAUUUCAAGAGUCUUUUCUUCUCCGACCCUCGUUUGGCCCUGGAGUGCUACUUCGGCCCGUGCACGUCGUACCAGUACCGCCUGAUGGGACCUGGGGCGUGGAAGGGCGCCAAGAAGGCGAUCCAGACGCAGAUGAACCGCGUCAUGUACCCGACCAAAACGCGCGCCACGCCUGAAGAUGAUGAUGCAGGAAUCACCAGGAUUCUCAAAGUCCUCGUGGUGUUGGUGGUAAUCCUGGCGGUCCUCUGGAACCUCCUGUAAGUUGUCUGGACUCACCCACCACGCAAAAACAAGUUGUUGAACAAUACAACGGUUACACGGUAGACCCGUGUUUGAGCUGUUUCUAAUGUUCAUCUAUCAAAUCAGUUGUCCCAAACACGGUUUCCACCUACUUAUCUUACAUAUGAUUAUAACCUCUUUCUGGCUGCAAAUUGUUCCCAAUGUUCAUGGCUGACUAAAAAAAUCAAAUCAAUUGCCGCAAACACGGCUACAACGUAGCACGUUCCUUUUCAUCUAAAAUCCUUCAUGUAAUUAUAACACCACUCUUGCUACAAAUUACCAGAUGUUGGUAAUACGAAGCCCCAUAUACAACACGUCACAGUUCUCAUUAAACUCUACUGAUAGUUAUAUCCAAAAAAUAUAAUCUCUGAGAUGUCAAACGACGUACAGUGAAGGUAAGGAAUUUAGUAAUGGCAUUGACCUAAAUACGAUGAUAUUCUUUAUGAUGGAAUGCUGACAAAUGUUUUCACUAUUACUGACUAAUAAAUUAUACAAAAUAAAGAAUAAUGACUAUAAGUAAA